CAGCUUCGAACUGGUCGUCACCAUGGAGAGAGCUUGCUGUAGAAAAUUAUUUUAUAUUUCAGUUUUGUGGUGUUAAAGUAGCAUAAAUCUAAUUGCAGCAAUGGCCAUGGAAAUUAAGGAGUUGUAAAUUUAUACAAGGUUUAAAAAGAUAUUGCAUCUUGUAACUACAACUCUGGCACAAAUUGAAAACUGUAUGAUUUUCUAACAUAUUGUUUUAUAAACAUUUCAGAAUGAAUGGAGGAAUGGAGCAUAAAACUCCAGGUCACAAUGUGGUGCCCCAUAAAGCGCCUAAAAACUAUAAAUUGCUUAUGGACCCUUUCCUUGUGAAGGGAGUUACAGCAAAAGUUUAUAGAUAUGAUGGCACUGUUCCUGGCGACACAACUUAUCCACCGGUGCAGUGCAGAGACCCUCGGUCGCAGCUUUCAAGGAUAUGGAAUCGACUAGAGCCAGCAGAUCUCCCAGUCCCUAGGUUCAAAAUAGAUAAAAAUUAUGUAGGAAUACCUCCCCAAUUAGAAAUCACUAUAGGAAAUUUAAAUGACAAUAUUGAUAAAGCAUUUCUGGCAGAUAUGAUGAAUAAAGUUGGUCCCUAUGAAGAAUUAACAAUAUUCUACCAUCCAAUCACAAACAGACAUUUGGGAUUUGCAAGAGUAGUGUUUCAAGAUGUAAAAUAUUCUAAGCUAUGUGUAGAAAAAUAUAAUGGAAAAUCUGUCAUGGGUCAGGUGCUUGAAGUCUUCCAUGAUGCUUUUGGUAAGAAAUGCCAAGAAAUGUUUGAAAAUAAGACUGUUGAGAAGAAGCCCCAGCUGGUGGCACCUCCUAUUGUCACCAAGCCUCCAGUCAUUGUUGAGGAAGUCAGACCAACUAAGAUAGACCCCACACUCAGCAAGAGAUUAGAGGAAGCUAAAAUAACAGAAAAAGAACCAUACUCCCGCUACAAGGAUAGCAUAGAUCAUGCGAGUGACAGUAACACGCGGUGGUCGGACGAAGAGAGAGAGUACCGACAUCGACACCGUAGCCGCGGCGAGCGAGACAGAGACAAGGAUAGGGACCGAGGAGAUCGAGACCGAGAGCGAUACCGCGAGCGUUACGGACGCGGUACGAGCGAGACGAGCGAAGCGACGUACGCGUCCGGGCACGCGCCCGAGGUGCCGUACACGCCCCACGCGCCGCACCCCACGCACCCGCCCCCUGCCGCCAUGCCGUACGAACCCUACUACCAACAGAGCUAUGGGUACGGCUACACGCCGGGCAGCGCGGCGGGUGGGAGUAGUAUGUGGUGGGGUGACUGGAGACAUCCACAUCACACCUCACAUCACCACUCACACCUGGAGCGUCGUUCGUCGGCGACGCCGGGGUGGGUGGCACCCGCUACACCGGUCAACAAGGACAUGCACUCGCCCGACCUCAGGGACAAGGAGCGACCGCACAAGGAGAAGGAAGUGCCCGUGGACCCUAAGUCUGCGGAGGUAGUGGAGCCCCGCCCGCCCGAAGACAUCACGGACAGCAAGGAACCAGAGCCCAAGCCACCGCCACCCGCUGAAGAACCCAAGAAUGUCGAUCUCGAUACUAGAAUAGCGAUGUUGCUGAAGGGUGUCAGUACAGGCGGCGGCAUGGCGCCACCAUUCCUUGCUCUCGGUAUUUCUUCAGAAGAGGAGGACGAGGACCGCCUACCUCCUAACAUACCUGACAUCGACACACAUAACCCGCCCUCGGAUGACGAUGGUUCAAUAAGCGAAGACCGAGAGAGUAUAAUCUCAUUAUGUUCGAUGAAGAAUGUGGAUCCUGAACCGCUGUCUACGACUCCGUCACCUUUCCUAGAACGCCAAAACUACCUCGAUUGUUUACACAAUACUAUAGAAAGAGAUGCACAAAAGCCAGCCCCCGCUCCUAGAAAGAAGUUUCCUCCUAUUGACAAGAUUGGGUCGGACAUCUCGUCCUCGGAGGAUGAGCUACUAACGGGAGAGGACCCGCGACGCUCACCCGCCGAGGAACAAAACCGGGACCAAGAUAACUUGGACGAUGAUCAGAUGUCGUUAUCAUCGCUAUCGUCGACGGAGGCUAAGAUAGAGGAGCAAGUCCCCGCGGAGGCGUACUACCCGACGUAUCCCCCCACUACCGCGCCCCCACCACACCCACACCCUCACUACUACCACCAACCUAUGUGGCCACCUACUGCGUACCCCCCGCCCGGGUACGGUCCGGAGCUGGCGGGCGUGAUGCCGUACGGCGCGACGUUCGCGGCGCCGCCCAUACUGCCGCACCACUACCCUGCAUACACCGAGCCCGCGCAGCCUGCACAGUCUGAAUAUUCUCAGGAGCUGGACAACCCUUACUACCCGACUAUAAACAGUGUAAUAGAACGCGUCACUGCCGAGCUCAAACAAAUUCUAAAGAAGGACUUCAACAAGAAGAUGAUUGAGAGCACCGCAUUCAAGAGCUUCGAAGUCUGGUGGGAUGAGCAGAGUCGGAAGAACAGACAACCCAAGCCCAAGGAGGAAGCUGGACAACCUUUACAGGUACAAAACCCUCCUGAUAUCUCCAACAAGAAGGAAGAAGCAGUGGACUCGAUAAAGUGUAUCAUGGAGUCCCGAGAGAUCGGGCUUGAGCUGGGCGGGUACGGAGUGGGCAUAGGCCUAGGGCUCCGUGCCACUAUACCUAAGAUGCCCAGCUUCAGACGGAAACGGAAAAUACCGUCACCUGUCUUCAUGGAUGAUGACUCUUCUAAGAGGUUAAGUGACCAGGAGGAAAUGGUGCAAAAUUCAGACGAAGAGAAGGAGGUGCCGACGAGUCCGCGGAACAGAACGACUGGUUCGUACCUAUCCAGGAGUCGUCGGCGGCAGUCCAGCAGCUCAUCCAGAUCGUCAUCGUCAUCAUCAAGUAGAUCAUCGUCUUCCACUGGGUCGGAGCGCAAGGGUCCCGCGCCGCGGAUAUACUCCGACACCGAGGACGACUCGGAACUCGACGAGGCAGAGCCCUCCCAGGCGGUUGAGAACGAUAAGCCGCUUUGGAGAAAAAUGCUCAAAGUGGUGUCGAACAAGGAGCGGCUGCGGCGAGUGUACUCGUCCUCGUCAGACAGCGAGGAGGAACAGAGUCGGAGAGAAAAAACCCCAAUACCUACAAUGGAAGCGUGGGGAGGCGAGGGCGAGGGUGAGGUCUCAGGGGGCGAAGCUCCCGCCGCAGCCAGUCCUCCACGGGACUUGUUGCUGGACAGAGUAUACUCAGACUCCGAAGAAGAGAGGGAGUACCAGGAGAGACGGCGUCGCAACACGGAGUAUAUGGAACAAAUCGAGCGAGAGUUCCUGGAGGAACAGAGACGGAAGAUGGAGACGGAUACGCACCCGCUGCCUGAGAAACCACCUGAUGACAGUAAACCGGAGACGCAGCCAGAAGAACCUCACAGUAGUCCAAUCAAGAAGGCGGCGAAGUCUCCGGAGCGUGCGCCGGCGCCGGACGACGGCUCCCAGAGCGACGACUCGGCCCCCCGGCGCGGGCGGCCCAGCGCCGGGCCCGGGUCGGGCGCCGCGUCCGGGCGCGGGGAGCCCGGCUCCGGCCCGGCCGCCCGGCAGCGCAUCGUGUCCUUCAGCGACCACAGCACCACCGAGACCGCCGGCAGUGUCAACGGGAUCAAAGAUGCAAGCAGCGCGUUAUCAGAAACGUCAUCGCCUCAGUCGCAGGCUUCCCAGGCGUCGCAGGCGUCACAAGUGGCCCUGGACCACUCGUACUGCCGCCCGCCGCCUGAACACGCCGAGAGGAGGCCUUCCAACCAUCUGCAACAUGAUCACGGUUACACAUGGAUGGCGGAACCGGAGAGCGCGGUGUCACCCGUGGAGGAACCCGUCAGUAAGAAGGAUGCCAAGCGGCCGUACAAGAGGAAACACGAGCCGAAGAAACUCGCUGAGAUACAAAACAAACUGUACGAGCCUCGCGAGGCGGACUACGACAAGGUUCCGUAUCCUAGGGUGACAUUCAAGGCGCGGGACUUGAUGGCGGAGAUGCAAGUGAUGUACGAGUUCCUGACGCGCGGCAUCGACCGCGAGGACGUGGAGUACCUGCGCCGCGCGUACGACGCGCUACUGGCGGAGGACGCGCACGGGUACUGGCUCAACGACACGCACUGGGUCGACCACCCACCCACUGACGUCUGCUACUCGCCGCCCAAGAAGAAGUCCAAGAGACACAACAACAUUUACGAGGAUUUACAGGGUCAUUCGAGCGGCUCAGCGCGCACCGAAGGCUACUACAAGAUGGACGCGCGGCUGAAGGCGAAGUACAAGUACCACCACGGACGUAGCUCUGCGGCCGCCCUGCACGCCCACACUGAUGACAAGAAGGCCUCCAAGAUGCAAGGCCUGUCCAGGGAAGCUCGCUCCAACCAGAGGAGACUACUCACCGCUUUUGGUACAGACACAGAUUCUGACUUGUUGAAGUUCAAUCAGCUCAAGUUCAGGAAGAAGCAGCUCAAGUUCGCCAAGUCUGGCAUCCACGACUGGGGUUUGUUCGCACAAGAGCCGAUAGCAGCGGACGAGAUGGUGAUAGAGUACGUGGGACAGAUGGUGCGGCCCAUAGUGGCCGAUGUACGGGAGGCUCAGUACGAGGCCACCGGCAUCGGCAGCUCGUACUUGUUCCGGAUAGACCUCGACACCAUCAUCGACGCCACCAAGUGCGGGAACCUCGCCAGGUUCAUCAACCACAGCUGCAAUCCGAACUGCUACGCGAAGAUUAUAACAAUAGAGUCUCAGAAGAAAAUCGUGAUAUACUCAAAGCAGCCGAUAGGAGUAGACGAGGAGAUUACCUACGACUACAAAUUCCCUCUAGAGGACGAGAAGAUCCCCUGCCUGUGCGGCGCGCCGCAGUGCCGAGGCUUCCUCAACUGAACGCACGCUCACUGUGACCCGCGCAAUGUUGUUCGAAUACUACUAACGUAUAAUCUACUGUCGGACUGUCUCUCAGUGUCCUCGAUAAGUCUGAACCUAGCCCGCAGCCGUCACCGUGAGCGAGAAAAUGAAUUUAGUUACAUUAUUAAUCGAUCUGAAAUCUUUGAAUGUGUUCAUGCUCGCUCCUGUGACGGUAAAUGGCUGUUAAACAAAUUAUUUUUAUGUCGCUGCAAUAAUAUGUUUAAGCAAGGUAAUAGAUAAUCGCAAUGUAACAUCAACAAUGAACUGAUAAGUAUAUAAUUAGGCUAUACAAUCAAUUAACUCGUACUUUGUAUGUGAAGGCGCGAUGGCAACGAUUGGAAUUAAUCUUUAGUGUUGUGAUUUAGGCAAGGUAAGUAAAUAGAAUAUAUUCGAUUCUGUCCUUACCUACCUCUCAGUAUAGAUCUAAACAGAUGUAAUUACAGAUAUAUUAUGACGUGUUCAGUUUCAUCUUGUUUUCUUUUCUUUUUCUUCUUCUUAUACUAUACUCUCGUAUCUUCCAUAAUGUAUAAGUAUCCAAUAGUAUAAUGGACAGUUACUGAGUAGCUUCCAUUACUGUAACACAACAGACUAAAGCCGGCGCCGCGCUGUGAAGGCUUUGUGACCUCGGUAGUUUUGAUAUCUGCCUCAAAUAAUUACAAUAUUGUCCUUUUUAUGUAUUUAUAUAAUUAUAUUGUGAGUGUCUGUGUGACUCUGAAGUGUUUGUCAAUGUAUUUAAUGUGAAGACCCAGUGAACAUAUGAUGUAAUUAUUAAAUUAGCCGCAGCAAAUGAUUCUUGUAUUAUAUUAUGAUAUUUCGACUGAGUCUAAAUAUAUGAUUCACUAGGCAUAGAAUGUCUGAUGUAGCGAGCUGUAUAAUUAUUUGUGUUGUACAUUAUUUACGUGUAAAGAGAUCUCUGCUAUUACGUCAGAUUUGUGUAGUACACUUUUUAAGUACAUCAUCUUGUUAAUAAUUUCGAAGGCAAUUCGUAACCAAAUAAUAUGGGGUGUUAACCGAGUAUUGUUUUCGAUAACGUGACUAUCAAGUAAACGAAUGCGAGGAGUGUUGGUGACGAAUAUUAACUGAGUAACGAUAGUAUUGAUGGCUGCUCGCAUGAACUUUCCACUUCAUAUUAUGUAAAUGUAAUAAGAUUGUAAAUAAAAAAUUCCAACAAUUUUA